AUGCGUCCCAACCUCUCAGAUCUCAUUUUUCGCCACAAAGCGAAGCCUCAAGAAUCUGCACUGUCGGCCCGCGCAAUUUCUCCGAAUGAUGGACAAGUACCUGAUCGGGCAGAUGCCUCCCAACAAACCCCGAGGACGUCUUCAUCGAAUCCUAAUGCCACUGCUCAAACUUCUUCGCAGAAGCAGCCAGAGAAGAUGAGUAGCGUUCUCACCCCGACCCGCGGACUGGUCGUCUCAAAAGUCGCCUUCAAUGAUCUCUGGCAACUACCUAUGUUCGCACUUUACAUAUUACCGCUGACUUACCUCGUCCUAAAUGAACGCUAUGACACGUCUCGCAUAUCUCUAGAGCUCGAAGAAGAUCAAAACAAUUACAAGGUUGUUGCUAGAUACACCGAGAACGACAAGGACGAUAUCUACUUGAUAGAAGGGCCGUCUUGCUCGGAUGCACAAACAGCGCUCAAGAAGGGCAGCGAGGAAUUGAAGAGAGAUUACCCUGGUGUCUUUGGAUGA